UAUUCUCAGAGGCCAUUGAGUUCUGAUUUUGAAGCAGAAUGGAAGGAAGCUCUGCUCUCAGCUUCUUUUCUUCGAAAUUCCAUAACAACUUGGAUUCUUUCAGUAUUUUUACCGCUUUUCGACCGUCUCAGACGAUUAGGUUCUAUCCCAAACGAAUUAAAAGUUGUUUAUGGGCCAAGAGAAAUAUCUUUUUAUCGUCCGUUAGAAGCUCCCUUACUUCUCCUGCUUCCGCCGUUACAGAAGCUCUAGAAAAGGCUUCAGUCUCUGUUUCUUCACUGAAAGAAACGUUUCCAAAGAUCGAUAAGAGUGGAAGGUUCUGUAGCCCGAGAGCUGCCAGAGAGCUUGCUCUGUUGAUACUUUAUGCUGCUUGUUUAGAAGGGUCUGACCCAGUUCGGCUGUUAGAAAAGAGACUGAAUGCGAGAAGAGAACCUGGCUAUGAGUUCAACAAGGCCUUGUUGUUGGAAUACAAUCACAUGAGCUUCAGUGGGCCCCCUCUCUCGACGGAGACAGAAGAAAUGGCAGAGGAGCACUUACGCAAGAAUGAAAAGGAAUCUGCAAUAGAAGCAGAAGUCCUCUCAGCUCCUCCAAAGUUGGUUUACAGCAAACUAAUUUUACGAUUCACAAAAAAACUUUUGGUUGCAGUCACAGAGAGAUGGGAUAAGAAUGUCCUUGUUAUUGACAGCAUAGCUCCUCCAAAUUGGAAGAAGGAACCAGCUGCAAGAAUUUUGGAGCUAUGUAUUCUCCACUUGGCGAUGGGUGAAAUAACUGUUAUAGGGACACAGCACCAAAUUGUCAUCAAUGAGGCAAUUGAUCUUGCUAAACGGUUCUGCGAUGGGACUGCACCGCGUAUUAUCAAUGGUUGCAUGAGGACUUUUGUGAAAGACCAUAUUGAAACAAAUAUUUCCCAGCCCUUGAAAGGCAGAAGUUGAAAGUGGCAGUGGUGGAUGGAUCUAUACCCACAUAUUCCGAAGUUCUGAUUUAAGUAUCAAAUCCACAAUCUAAAUUGGCUUCAGAGUGUCGAUGGAGAUGAUGGAUUGCUCAGAUGGCAUGGGAGAAGACUAACUGAUAGCUCGUGCCUUUUAUGUUACAGUAGAGUUCCUCAUAUGUUCCCAUCAAA